UUGAAGUAUAUUUUCACUCAUUUAAUUCCUUUUACUUCAAGGCAUAUAACUUCUUAUAUGCUCAAAUUAGUUAGGGAUAAUUUGCAUUAAUUCACAAUUAAAUUAAGUAUAGAUUAGCUUAGAACCAUAAACUAAGAUAAAUUAGGUUCAUGGAUAAAAAAAUAAAAAUAAAUAAAAACUACGAAGUAAGAUGGUUCUAUAAAAUAUGAGUGGAUCAAGUCCAUGCGAUUUCAAUUUUUUAAAAUAUCAUGUUGAUCUUUAUGGGUGAAGUUCAAUUAUUAAUAAUGCUCUUGAAUUUCAAUGGAAUAAUUUACAAAAUUAAAUUGAUUGCAUAAUCGAGUCUAACUUUCGUUUCCCCUAAAAUUUAAAUUCAUAAUCCAAAUAAGUUCAGAUCGGAAAAAAUAAAAUACUCGUACAAGCGUACGGCCUCAAUUCAAAUAUACACAGACACAAGGUACACAACUCAAAACAUUCUGCUUUUGUGCAUUUUAUUCAAACUAUUGCCGCCCACAAUUCUAACUGAAUUGAAUUCUUCCAGGAAAAUCAAUAUGAACCCUAAUUCCAUCUAACGAUUCAAACCCAAAUUAUCGAAUUAAUCUUCGAAACUAAAAUUCAAAGGUAAUUAAUUUGGGGUUCCCGGAAAAGGGGAGGAAUUCGUCAAAAUUAGGGUUCAUAAUUUACACUCAAAUUCCAGAAAAUGCAAUUAGGUGAUCUUAACAAAGUAUGGGAAACCAGAGCUUUGAAAAGGAAACCGCGACAAGAUGAAGCAAAGCAAAUUCUUGAGCGCAUUGCUAAACAGGUUCAACCCAUUAUGCGCAAACAUAAUUGGCGGGUUAAAGUUCUCUCUGAAAUGUAUCCCAAGAGGAAUGAACUUCUUGGAUUGAAUGUUAAUCGUGGGGUAGAAGUAAAGUUGAGGCUUCGGAGACCUGACAGGGAGUUAGAGUUUUACUCAUUUCAUGAAGUAUUGGAUACAAUGCUUCACGAGCUUUGCCAUAAUGCCCAUGGUCCUCAUAAUGCGAGUUUCUAUCAGCUAUGGGAUCAGCUUAGAAAGGAAUGUGAGGAAUUGAUGUCCAAUGGAAUAUCUGGAACAGGAGAAGGUUUUGAUCUUCCUGGAAAACGUUUAGGUGGGUUUUCUCGCCAGCCACCUCUAGCUUCCCUCCACAAAACAGCCGUUGCUGCUGCUGAAAACAGAAAACGUCUGAAUUCCCUUCUACCAUCUGGACCUUUACGGCUUGGUGGUGAUAAAAACAUAAUGUCUGCAUUAAGCCCUGUUCAAGCUGCUGCCAUGGCAGCUGAAAGGAGACUACAGGAUGAAAUAUGGUGUGCUUCCGUUUCUGGUGGCUUUGCUGAAGAUUUGGGGGAUUCUGAUCUCUUGGAAACAGGGGGGCCGUGUGGGCCAGCUGCUGCCAGUGCAAAUACCUCUGAUAGUAACAACGCAUCUUGGAACAGGUCUCAGAAUGAUGUUACAAAUCUCAUUGAUUUAAGCAACAAUGUAAAUUCUACCUCAACUAAUUUUCAUAACACAACAUCAAGUAAAAGAUCCAUUGGUUCCCAUGCCAGUUCAUCUGCUAGUGCCAGUUCAAAUUCUAACAAUGUCUCUGGAGCUGCAGCAUCUCGGAAAAGGUCUUGGAAUUGUGACAUUACCAAUCUAAUUGAUUUAAGCAACGAUGAAAAUUCUGCCUCAGUUGAUGCUUAUGGCGCAAAAUUAAAUAAAGGAUCCAUUGGCUCCAAUGCCAGUUCAUCAUCUGUAUCCAUGAGCGCCUCAUCCUCUGGGCUGACAACUAAUCUUGAUGCGGGGAACACGCAUGGCGAAUCUGCCACAUGGACUUGUGAAACAUGCACCCUGUUGAACCCUCCACUGGCUCUAGUAUGUGAAGCAUGUGAAACCCUGAAGCCGAAAGAUAUAUCAGUGAAGUAUAAAUUCUGGUCCUGUAAAUUCUGUACCUUAGAGAAUAGCGUGAAACUGGAGAAAUGUUCAGCAUGCGGUGAAUGGAGAUAUUCGCGAGGUCCUCCAUUGUCGUCACUGCCUCCUAAUCUCGGCACUUGACUGGUACAGUUGAAGUUAGGGUGUUUUGGCAGUUUGUAAAUCUUUCAGUUGCUAAAUGUCUGCCAAUGCAUAUGAUAUUUGCCUUGGUUUAUUUAUGAGAUGGUGUUUUAGGGCUCCUGUUAAUGCAAAGAUGCUGUUGGAAAGCUACGAGAAAGAUAGUGAAUAUUUUUGGUACUUAUUUGUAAAUUGGGCUUCAUUAAGUCUCAUAUUGGUCGACCUAAUUGUAGAACUAAUUUCUACAUAAUUUUGAUACUCGCUCUCCAAGAGAUGCUGAAGCUGUAAAGAUGACAUUCAUUGUGCCUAUUUUGGCUAUUGUUAUGAAUCAAGGAGAAAUUUAUAUGUGAA